CCCUCCAAUUCCGUGGCCAUUUUGUACUGUAGUUCUGGAGAAACAAGUGGGAAUCAUCAAAGAAAGAAGCGUAUGGAUCAUAAGAGAAUAUGGACAAGAGGCAGAAAAUUUUCAUCUAGGUCAACUGGAGAAAUUAAAACUAUGCCAUCUAAUUCUCCACUUUAUCAGUACUUGCAGGAUCUGGGACACACAGACUUUGAAAUAUGUUCUUCUUUGUCACCAAAAACAGAAAAAUGCAUGGCAGAGGGACAACAAAAGCCUCCUUCAAGAGUCCUACCAAAACAAGGCAUCCUGUUAAAAGUGGCUGAAAUCAUCAAAAGUUGGAUUUUUUUUUCUCAAUGCAGUAAGAAAGAUGACUUACUUCACAAGUUGGAUAUUGGAUUUCGACUUGACUCACUACAUACCAUCCUGCAACAGGAAGUCUUAUUACAAGAGGAUGUGGAGCUGAUUGAGCUACUUGAUCCCAGUAUCCUGUCUGCAGGACAACCUCAACAACAGGAAAAUGGACACCUUCCAACACUUUGCUCCCUGGCAACCCCUAAUAUUUGGGAUGUCUCAAUGCUAUUUGCCUUCAUUAGUUUGCUCAUUAUGUUUCCCGCUUGGUGGAUUGUAUCUUCCUGGCUAGUAUGGGGAGUGAUUAUAUUUAUUUAUCUGGUCGUAAGAGCUUUGCGAUUUUGGAGGACAGCCAAACUACAAGUGACCCUAAAAAAAUAUAAUGUUCGUUUGGAAGAUAUGGCAGCAAAUAGCCGAGCUUUUACUAACCUUGUGAGGAAAGCUUUACGUCUCAUUCAAGAAACUGAAGUAAUUUCCAGAGGAUUUACACUUUUGCUUGACAGGGUCAGUGCUGCUUGCCCAUUUAAUAAAGCUGGACAGCAUCCCAGUCAGCAUCUCAUCGGUCUUCGGAAAGCUGUCUACAGAACUGUAAGAGCCAACUUACAAGCAGCAAGGCUAGCUACCCUAUAUAUGCUGAAAAACUACCCCCUGAACUCUGAGAGUGACAAUGUAACCAACUACAUCUGUGUGGUGCCUUUUAAGGAGCUGGGCCUUGGACUUAGUGAAGAGCAGAUUUCAGAAGAGGAAGCACAUAACUUUACAGAUGGCUUCAGCCUGCCUGCAUUGAAGGUUUUGUUCCAACUCUGGGUGGCACAGAGUUCAGAGUUCUUCAGACGGUUAGCCCUAUUACUUUCUACAGCUAAUUCACCUCCUGGGCCCUUACUUACUCCAACACUUUUGCCUCACUGUAUCUUAUCUGAUGUGACUCAAGGUCUACCUCAUGCUCAUUCUGCCUGUUUGGAAGAACUUAAGCGCAGCUAUGAGUUCUAUCGGUACUUUGAAACUCAGCACCAGUCAGUACCCCAGCGUUUAUCUAAAACUCAACAGAAGUCAAGAGAACUGAAUAACGUUCACACAGCAGUGCGCAGCUUGCAGCUCCAUCUGAAAGCAUUACUGAAUGAGGUAAUAAUUCUCGAAGAUGAACUUGAAAAGCUUGUUUGUACUAAGGAAACACAAGAAUUAGUGUCAGAGGCUUAUCAAAUCUUAGAACAGAAAUUAAAGUUGAUUCAGCCCCAUGUUCAAGCAAGCAACAAUUGCUGGGAAGAGGCCAUUGCUCAGGUGGACAAACUACUACGAAGAAAUACAGAUAAAAAAGGCAAGCCUGAAGCAGGAUGUGAAAACCCACAUUGUACUGUGGUGCCUUUGAUGAAGCCCACUCUACACAUUGCAGACAAAGAUCCAAUUCCUGAGGAGCAGGAAUUAGAAGCUUAUGUAGAUGAUAUAGACAUAGACAGUGAUUUCAGAAAGGAUGAUUUUUAUUACUUGUCUCAAGAAGACAAAGAGAGACAGAAGCGUGAGCAUGAAGAAUCCAAGAGGGUACUCCAAGAAUUAAAAUCUGUGCUGGGAUUUAAAGCUUCAGAGGCAGAAAGGCAGAAGUGGAAGCAACUUCUAUUUAGUGAUCAUGCCGUGUUGAAAUCCUUGUCUCCUGUAGACCCAAUGGAACCCAUAAGUAAUUCAGAACCAUCAAUGAAUUCAGAUAUGGGAAAAGUUGAUAAAAAUAAUACUGAAGAGGAAAAUAGUAAACCCUCCACAACUGACAGUGAAAUAAGUAGGACUGAGUAUUUAUGUGAAAACCCUGUAGAGGAUAAAAAUAAAGACAAUUCUGCAAACAAAGUCUUCCUCCAAGGAGCAGAAGAAAGAAUCUAUUACCAGUGUGAGAGUGAAGAUGAAUCUCAGCAGGCAGAUGGAGGUGGCCUGGCCACUGCCCCUCCGACUCACAGGGACUCAUUACAGCCCUCCAUUAAGCACAGGCUGGCACUGCUACAGCUGUCACCGGAUUUUACCUUCACUGCUGGCCUCGCUGCAGAAGUGGCUGCUAGAUCUCUCUCCUUUACCACCAUGCAAGAACAGACUUUUGGCGAUGAGGAGGAAGAACAAAUAAUAGAAGAAAAUAAAAAGGAUGUAGAAGAAAAGUAAGAACCAAGAUUCACAUGAAGUGAUUUUAGAUUGUUCCUUUUAUGAAGGUGUUUAGCUUCAAGACUGGAAAGGGAAAAUGAGUAUAAGUUUACUAUAUAUAUAAAGCUAAGAUGUGAAUUUACAGGAAGAACCCUGGUUUGAAUAACUGAUUUGAAAUUAAGUAGUUACCUGUAAAUGGCAGAUUUGUUAGGAAAAUAAGAGAAAGGUAAGGGCUCUCUUGAAUAAACUGCUGUUUGUGGCACAACUGAUCAAUCUUGGGAAUUCUUUAAGUAUUUUUAAUAAGAAAUGAAUCAUCAUUUCUUGCCAGAAUUUGCUACCAUAAGGUAAUUGGGAUAAUUCUGUUGCAAGAACAUUAAUAUUUAGUAUGACUCCUUUUUACUGUAUUCUUGCAGUUAAUAACUGCAGCUAUUAUUAUGUUAAUAACCAGUUGUUUGUAUUUUAUUUUUGUUUAUACCAGUCUUCAAACAAAGAUACAGGUUCUGAAUAAAAAAAGUUAAUUCAUACAA